AUGAGUGCGGUGGCAGGUAAGGGCCCGCUGAAGGCCGCAGCCAAGCCCAAGACCAAAGCAAAACAAAGAUACCUGAAAGCCAAGAAACAACGUAGGAAGAUUCGCAAGGCGUCGGGCCCCAAACCGUUCGGCCAAGGCAAGAAAAAGAAGUCUAGGGCUGCGACGCUCGCAUCCGAGACGCAGCCCCAGGAGACUGAGACGGCCGGGGAAACGUCGAUGGAUGUGUCCAGCACUGAUGAAGCUCAUUCCGAAAAUAUGGAGAGCGAUACCGACUCGUAUGAGCAGGCAGGAACACUCGAACAAGACUUGCCUGAGCAUAUUACGGCCGACUCAUUACAGCCUCACGAAGACGGUCCUACGUCGGCAGCGUCAGAUAAAGAGUCUUCGAUAAAGUAUUUGUACCGUUUUCCUCGUCCCCAGCAAACAGGUGAAGCCCAUGCUCAGCAGCUCGCUGCACAAGGUAUACCCGACGCACUGGCACGGCCUGUGGACGUGGUUGCCACACAGACUGAAUCUCUUGCGGCACCAGACGGUCUAGGAGCCAGUUUGAGUUCGUCAGUACGCCAGCAGCUGCACAAACUUGGCAUUUCCGAAUGGUUCGCAGUGCAAGCCUCCGUGGUGCCCUGGCUACUAUCUGACCGAAAGCAAAGCAGUUUGUAUCUUCCCUACACGCCUCCGCGUGAUCUCUGUGUCUCUGCGCCGACGGGAAGUGGAAAGACGCUGGCGUACACAGUGCCCAUCGUGGAACUUCUCCAGACCAGGAGAGUCACUCAACUUCGUGCAUUGAUCCUUGUCCCGACGCGAGAUUUGGCGGUACAGGUGCGAGAUAUGUUUGAGGCUGUGGGAAAAGGGAGUGGUCUCGCCACAGCGAUGAUCACAGGCAAUCACAGCUUUCGUCAUGAACAGGCACAGCUGGUUCAUGUGGACGAAGAUUAUACCCGAAGCAUGAUCGAUAUCCUUAUCGCAACGCCAGGUCGUCUCGUGGACCAUCUACGCGGCACUCGCGGAUUCACCCUGGAGCACCUGCGUUUUCUUGUCAUUGACGAGGCUGACCGUCUCUUAGGGCAGUCGUUUCAGCAAUGGGCAUCUAUGCUGCUGGACGCCAUGGAGUCUCCGCCCUCUACAUCGCCCCCGCUCGCACCGCAGACGCUUUUUCAGAAAACACCUACGUGGACGCAUGACGAUAUGGAUGUACCGCACCACAGUGUGCAAAAGUUACUCUUUUCGGCCACACUGACGCGAGAUCCAGCAAAGAUGUCGGCUCUUCGGCUUCGAGACCCCCAUUAUAUACGCGUGCGCGAUACUGAGCUGCCUGAAGACGAGGGUGGCAUGGAGCGGUUUGCGCUGCCAUCGACUCUUACGCAGCAUGUUAUCACUACGCCCAGUAGUGACAAGGUGCUGAAUCUCCUUCGCCUGCUACAUGAUGAGACCCACCCGGUGCGACAGGCCCUCUGCUUCACAAAGAGUGUGGAAGCGGCGAACCGACUGGAACGCUUAUUGCACUUCUUCGAGGAUGCGUGGGCGCAGCAGCACAAGGUGCCUGCGCUCAACGUACAAUUUUACUCGUCUGAUCUAGGGACAGGCGACCGCAUGGCUUUGCUUCGGCGCUUCCAACAAGGGGAUAUUGAUUUGCUGAUCUGCUCUGAUCUAAUCGCGCGUGGUAUCGACUUGCCCGAAGUUCGACAUGUCAUUUCGUAUGAUGUCCCUAUUGACAUGGCCAAAUACGUCCAUCGUGUCGGUCGAACUGCGCGCGCUGGGCGGGCAGGUGAUGCAUGGAGUCUGGUCGAAGAACAAGAGGUGUUCCACUUUAAGCGCAUGCUCCGUGAAGCUGGACAAUGGGAGCGGGUACAAAGCGAAAAGAGCAAGCCGGCCAAACUCGAGCCAUAUAUGCCACAAUACAAAGAAGCCCUUGCACGCCUGGCGCAAGUCUAUAGUCAGUACCGGUAG